UAGUCUAUAAAGAUCAGCCAUUUCUGAAAACAAGUCUUUUUGCUACAACUAGUUACUCAGUUAUAGGGAAAAGAAUUCUACUUUGACAAACCCUGUGCCCAGCUUCCAGACUCGGGGGAGCUCAAGAGAUGUAUCGAUCAGCUGGACAAGCAGGAAAAUAACAUGACAAAGAGUUUAUGAGCUUGAAAGAGUGAGGAUUGUUGAUUCAGCAGAAAACGGGAUAGAAUGAUGUACCAUUGUGGAGCAGAGCUGUCAGUCACCUCUUCUAUUACAUGUUACAAGCUAUAAAGAGAUUGUUGGAUUAACCAUGACUCUUCUUGCUACUGCUCUCUGGUGUUGCAAGCAACUGUAUACAUAUAUAGCUCAUCUGUUAAAAUGGUGGAACAGAUACCUGCAGAGAAAAUUCACAAAUAACCAUAGUGUUUUGGCUGAAGUUGAUCUGCUUGGCUACUGUGCAAAAGAAUGGAAAGAAGAAACAGAGCAGGCCAAACAAAUGAGAAAGGCUUAUGAAGAGUUGUUUUGGAGAUGCCAUGUGAAAUAUAUACGACAAGUCAGGAGAGAUAACUACUGUGUGCUGAGAGCUGUGUUGUUCCAGAUUUUCAACCAAGGUAUUCCUCCUCCAUCAUGGACAAAGGCAACAGAUGUCCUAAAGCUCCCCGAGAAGCUACUUUAUUCACAAGGGUGUAACUGGAUCCAGCAAUAUAGUUUCGGAUCAGAACAGUACACAGGAUCCAAUACAUUAGGGAAAUUACGCAGAUGUAUUGAAACAUUAAAAAGUCAGUGGAUGGAAGUCAGUAGUAUUAAAGACCACUAUGAAAGAGGGAAUCUGUGCAAUGCCCUUUUUGCUGAUGAAAGUUUGGAGCACAAACUGUAUGAGGCCAUAAAAUUCAUCAUGCUUUACCAAGUAAUAGAAGCCUAUGAAUGCUUGAACAACAAGCAGGAGUGCCUCCCGAGAUUUUUUAACCACCUUUUUGUGCGUGAUACCUCCUUGGACCCACUGAGCUACAUGAUGAAUCAUCUGAAUUCCAUAGGGGACAGAAGAACUCUUGAUCAGGUUGAAAUAUUUCUCCUUGGGUAUUCUCUUGAAGUAAAGAUAACAGUUUACAGGUUGUGCAAGUUUAAUUCAGAAGUUUUCCAAGAAAGCUAUUCGGAUGUGUAUCAGAGGGACUGGCAGGAAGUUUUCCUUCUGACUGAAGAUGACCGUCACUAUCACAUCCCUAUUAUCAGGAUAUAAAACUGAUUUCUGGGGAUGCUUUCAAAACUGUCUGAUAUCAGAUUCCCCUGCUGAAGAACCAUACAAUAUCCAAACAAUGUUUUAAGAGUCACCAGAGUGCUGGGCUUAAAACACAACUUCAGAUCCCCACUCAGAUAUAAAGCUCACUAGAUGGCUAUGAUCCAGGCUAUUUCUCAGCUUAAGUUACCUCACAAGGUGUAGUGAGGGUAAAAUGAUUUAAUCCUAUAUAGCCCACUCUCAAGAUGUCACAAGCAGUGUGCUUAAAGUACAAGCUGGAUAUGAGGCCCAAUUCACAAAAUAAUGUUUUUAUGUGCUUUUCAAGAUCAGUUCACAUUGGGUAUAUUAUAUAGACUUGUAAACUAAUAGCCAUUCCUUUUCCCAGGAAACUAGCUCUGAGAGAAGUGGACUCUGAAAGAUAAUUCUCAGCAGCAUCUCCAAGUGAUAAUUUGCAGGUAAACCUGCAAUGUGAAAUUCAUAUAUAACUGAUCUUAAGUUGGCAAUGUGAACAGGCCCUGUGAUACUAUGGUCUAUGGAUGCCUUAGUUUUGUUUAUACCAAUCACUGUUGAUCGAUACCAGUGCUUUUUUUGGUAGGUACUUGUAUUCAUAUAUAGAAAAAAGUGCUAUGUGUGCCAGCACACAGUGGUUGCCAUGGGCAGCAAAAACAGGACCAAUGAGUACUGUCACAAAAAAGUACUGAUAUAGUCUCCAGUGUAGUCUACCCUGCAAGCCCCUGUUUAUUUAACAGAGAAAUAAGGACUGAGGCCCUGCACAUGUGGCUGUAGCAGACACUGGCUAUCAGGUAUAUCAGGUCCUUCAGAAACCUCAAAGUAUUCUUUAAAACCAUGUCUUUGAUGUGCAACUAGAAGGCCUUUUCAUGUAUUACAUUGUAGAAAACUAGAGUUUGUCAUUGAACGUAUAGUGAGUCCUAUCUCCCCAGCAACUGUACCUGUUUCAUACUUGUAUUUGCCAUAUUAACAAUGUACAUUCUGUGUAAAAUGAUCCAGAGACUACAAUUACAUUGGCCCACACCAUGCUGGAAAAAAUAUGGCAGACAGAUGUUGGGUUGCCACCUCAAAAUAAAGAAGCUGGGAAGAGUCA